GACAAGGAGGUAGUGCUGGCAGCUGUCGCAGAGGAGGGCAUUGCGAUCCAAUUCGCCUCGCCGGAGCUUCAGGAUGACCCAGAGGUAGUGGCCACCGCCGUCAAGCAGGACCCUGACGCACUGGAAUAUGUCUCCGAAAGGCUUCGUGGCAGUCGGGAGGUGGUGGCGGCAGCGGUUGAGCAGAACGGUGCUGCACUGCGAUUUGCCGCUCCACAUCUCUGGACCGAUCGGACGCUUCUCUUGGCAGCUGUACAGCAGGAUGGUCGGCUCCUGAAGCUCGGAGAGGGCACGGGCCUGUCAAAGGACAAAGAGCUCGUUCAUGCGGCUGUCGCACAGGAUGGUGAUGCCUUGGAGUUCGCAGACGAGGAGAUGCGAGCCGAGAAAGAAGUUGUCUUGUUGGCCGUGUCCACCAGCGGCACAAACCUCCAGCUCGCGGCCAAGGAGCUGCAGGAUGAUCCGGAGGUGGUUCGGGCAGCCAUCAAGUUUGAUGGUCUUUCACUUCAGUUUGCUUCCGAGCGGCUUCGGGCG